AUGGAGAGGAACGAGAAGAAGAAGCAACUCUCCGGCGCGCAGAAAAGGAAGAAGAAGAAGGAGAAGGAAGAGGCGAUCGAACGGGCGAGAGCGGAGUUGGAGAGGUUGAAGCUUGGACCGACCAAGGUGUGGACGGGAUUGGUGUUGCAUCAUAAGGAUGUUUUUGUCUCGCAUGUGCUUCCUAAAUUGAAUAAGACGGAUCGGUUUUUCUUUUCGGAGGCGAAUAGUGAGAGUCAGGGUGUGCUUGAGUACGCCGGGGUAGACGUAUCGAAAAUCGGAUUGUCUAUUCACGAAUGUUCAUCGAUUUCGACGUUGGAAUUGAUGUGGAAUUACAUGCACUGGGCAGAGAAAGAUAACGAUGGAGACGUGGCAGAUCAAGCCUGGUUUUGCGAGCAAGUCGCUGCAACGAACAAGCUCGAGUUCCUCGAGUGGGCGAGAGAAGUGAAACAUUGCGAGUGGGAUGAAAAGACGAUUACUGUGGCAGCACUUAUAGGUAAUCUCGAGAUGCUGAAAUACUGCUUCUCUAACGAAUGCCCGUAUGAUGAAGAAAUGUCGUGUAAAGCAGCUGCUGCUAAAGGACACCUCGACUGUGUUCGAUUUCUUUUCGACAAAGUGAAACCUUCGCGAGAUACGGAAAAAGAAGCGGCACAACAGGCGACAGCAAAAGGUCAAACAGACAUCGUGAAAUAUCUCGUCGAAGAAAGAAAGAUAUCUGAGGAGGUAAAGUUCGCCUGCGCGGGACAAGCUGCGUGGCAUGGCCACCUCAAUUGCCUUCAAUACUUAGUCGAAGAGGCGAAAGUGCCUCUUGAUCUUGACAACUGGCGAUACAUCGCUUACGCUCGUUACCACGAGCACCCCGAGUGCGUAAACUACUUGCUCGAAAAAGGGUGCCCAGAACCAACGGACGAAGAAUACGCUACUUUUGCCGAGAGCUUGCGAGCGCUAGAGUCUCGGCAGGAGAACAGCGAGUGA